GCCGCAAGGUUACAAACGGGAAGGUGGCUGUUGAGUCUUUAGUUGUUACAACUUGUUCAGAGUGACCGAAAUCGUUUACAGGAUGAUCGCGAAAAUGUUCAGCAUCCUUCUGCUGGUUAUGCUGUGCUUCUCUUGGGCAACAUCAGUUGAUUAUGCUUGCCCUCCUUCGAAUAAAAUGAGUUCGUGCUCCCCAAAAUGUAAGGACGACACACAAUGCCAUGGGAAAAAGUGUUGCCCUAACAUUUGCAACACUAAGUCUUGCGUGCCGGAUCACUUGCUGGAAUCUACUAAAAACGACGGAUACAAAAACCAACAUUCAAAAACAGCCACUGGCAGCUAUUGCGGAAAUGUAAAAUGCAAUCCGUUUGAAAAGUGCGAGCUGGAUAAAUCCACCAAGAGGCAAAAAUGCAUGCGUACAUAAUAAUCUGCUUAUAGUGAUUUAGUAUUAUUCAGUAGUGUUGCUUUGUCAUUAAUGAAUUUAUAUAAAAUAACAAAUAAUUAAAAUAUCAGGAAAAGCCUCUAUAAAGUGGCAGGAAUGCUUGGGACCUACCUAAAUGUGCAUCUUCUCUUAUUUAAUAUAAAAAACCUCAUUCCAG